AAACCAAAGUCCUCUAAAGCGUAUACACAUAAUAUUUGUUACGUUUAUGUUCGCAGAACAUUAAUCAUCCAUUGCUAUGGUAGGUACUUUAGUCCUCACUCCUCGGUCACAACUCGUCGCUAUAGGUCGCGCCGCAUACCUACCUACAGUAUAACUGCUGCAGUACAGUAACGGACAUACGACUGUUAAGACUAAACUUACAAAAUGAUCAAAUCAAUAAUAUUCGUGCUCGUGGGCUUAUUAAUAUUCAGUUUUGGACGUAGUGAUGACGGUGCGAUCCGCGUCGAUCUGGAUCCGUUGUCGGAUGAGUUCAUCGAUCACAUCAAUUCGAUACAAUCUUAUUGGACCGCCGGCCGCAAUUUUCACAAGGACACACCGACUUCUUAUUUUAAAAGAUUGAUGGGUGUGCACGAGAGCAACGCGCAUUACCCGAAAUUGGAACAACUGUUGUCUUACACCGACGCACCGACCGAUCUGCCGGAAAAUUUCGAUGCUAGGGAACAUUGGCCGAAUUGCCCAACUAUCAGAGAAGUCAGGGACCAAGGAUCAUGCGGGUCUUGUUGGGCUUUUGGAGCUGUAGAAGCUAUGUCRGACCGUGUCUGCAUUCAUUCUAAAGGCACUAAACAUUUCCAUUUUUCGGCUGAGAAUUUAGUUUCCUGUUGCUGGACGUGUGGUUUCGGAUGCAAUGGAGGUUUCCCAGGAGCAGCAUGGAAUUAUUGGGGAUGUAUUCCAUACGAAAUUGCUCCAUGUGAACAUCAUGUGAAUGGUACUCGAGGACCAUGUAAAGAAGGAGGUAAAACUCCUACUUGUGUUAAAAAAUGUGAAGAUGGAUACAAGAUACCAUAUGCACAAGAUUUGCACCGUGGUAAAUCGGCAUACUCGCUUAGAAAUGAUGUUGACCAAAUCCGACAAGAAAUUUAUACUAAUGGUCCAGUUGAAGGGGCAUUUACUGUAUAUGAAGAUUUUAUUAGUUACAGAACAGGAGUAUAUAAACAUGUUGCUGGUAAAGCUCUUGGRGGCCAUGCAAUUAGAAUCCUUGGGUGGGGUGUUCAGGAUGGUAAAAUACCAUACUGGUUGGUAGCUAAUUCUUGGAACAGUGAUUGGGGCAGCGAUGGCUUUUUCAAAAUAUUGAGAGGAAGUGAUGAGUGUGGCAUUGAAGGACAAAUUAAUGCUGGUUUACCAGCUUAAUUUGCACUUGUUUCAGAUUCAACACUUAUAAAUCCCAACUUUAAUAUUUAAUUAAAAAUUUACUACAAGUAAAAACAAAUUAUGAUUAUU